AUUUUGUUCCUUGCAUCGGAUAAGACUUGCCUCCCCCGCAUCCCAUCCCCCAACCUCUGCGCUUACUAUAAGAACGACAGGAGUGCGUCGAGGCAGACGAAGAAGAUCCCUCCACAGGAGAGCUGGAUGACGAUGGCUUCCCGUUUUUCUUGGUUCCUGGGGUCCCUGUUGGUGGUCCUCUUCUGCCACGAUGUCGCCCUCUCUGACAAUAUGCCUGAAGACAUUAAGAUACUUCAAGGAAUGACGCGAAAAGGAAAGCUCGGUCAGGUCGGUGUGCUGUAUCUGAAAGGAAGGGACCUCAGUGGCCUAACGUGCCAUGAAAUUGCUUACAAUAAUGCGGCAAAUGUUGAUGCCAAUUGCAAUUUCGCCCCCGUCUUCGAUGUAAAACUCGAGGGGACUCACGAGACAUUUAGACACAGUGAGUGGCAACUGAUCUACACGGCACUGAGGCCCAUGCUUGAGAAAUGGCAAGAGGCCAACCCGACUAACUCAUCUAACGCCAACUGCCCCGAGUCACUCUAUCUCUACUCAUACCUUGCUCCAGACUUCAUCAAAAAUAGAAGAAAGUUUGGUCACACUUGUACACAGGCGAUCGUCAGGGAUAUCCCAAAAAUGCUCAGCGAUGGAGGGUGCUCCAGUACCAAUAUUGUCGUAGGAUUUUCAUUGGUAAAUCCAGGCUUACAUUUAGAAGAAGCCUGUAAGGCCAAAAAAUUGAUAACUGAAAAAGGUAUAACCGAGUAUCACCUGCUGAGCACACGUGCAGACAAACAACUGGAGUGUCAUGGUGUAUCAUCCAAGGCAAGUAGCAGUACAGGUUAGUCCACGGCGCAGGACCGGGUCGUGAGGGAGGACUCACGUGGCAUUCCUUUGCUGCAACAAGAAGCUCUCUGGUCACGGCAUGCAAGCGUUGCAAGAUGGUUUUGCGGACCCGGAAUGUGUCGGUCCGCAAGCUGAAUUUGAUCUUUUGGUUUGAUUCAUAAAUUGGUAUCUGUUUCUUGAUGUUAUUUGAUAAUUAGUGAACAUUCGCAACUAUCGUUGAGCAAAUAAUAAAUGUUUGAUUCUAUAUCUUGA